UUUUGCUUUUCGUUCCCCCGGCCGAAUUAGUUCCCCCACACCGCCAACCCUUUCCAUCAACCUUCGCUUCGAAUUGCCGAGAUGUCGGCCGCGGCUGCGAAAAGAGAAUCCGAUCUCUCCGGGCAGAUCGAGGACUUUGUGGCGCUGCUUAAGCGGGGCGGGAAGAGGCCUCGCUCGGAGGAUGUUGCGCGGCAGACUGUGGGCCUGCUGCGGAGGAUCGUGGCGAACGGGCGCUGGGACAAUGCGGGAGAGCUGAUAAGCAUAAUUCGUCAGGAGGGUAAGAAAAUGACUGCUGCCCAGCCAUCUGAGACCACUGUAGGCAAUAUGGUGAGACGAGUGCUGAAGAUAAUUCGAGAGGAGUAUGGCAGGCUUCGAGGAUACAGUGAGGAGAGUGACCAGCAGGAAUCACUACACAAACUUCUGACCUCGGAAAGUAGUGACGACACUGAGAGUUUCAAUAUCUACUAUCCUCCACUCAGGGCCAAUAUCAUUGAAAUUAUUAGUGAACUCUUAAUUGAACUAGAGGGUACCACUGACAACAUUGCCAUGCAGGCCCUGGAGCAUAUCCACUCUAAUGAGGUGAUCAUGACCAUUGGCUAUUCACGCACAGUUGAGGCCUUCCUGAAGGAGGCAGCACGCAAGAGGAAAUUCCAUGUAAUUGUGGCUGAAUGUGCACCCUUUUGUCAGGGUCAUGAAAUGGCUGUCCGUUUGUCGAAGGAGAACAUAGAAACUACCGUCAUGAGUGAUGCAGCCAUCUUUGCCGUCAUGUCUCGUGUCAACAAGGUAAUAAUUGGAACAAAGACUAUCUUGGCCAAUGGUGCCCUGAUAGCUGUCAGUGGCACUCAUACCUUGGCACUGGCAGCCAAGCACCACUCCACCCCUCUUAUUGUCUGUGCACCCAUGUUCAAGCUCACACCACAGUUCCUUAAUGAAGACGACUCAUUCCAUAAAUUCGUCUCUCCACAGGAAGUGUUGCCUUUCACAGAAGGAGAUAUUCUGUCUAAGGUCAACAUUUAUUGUCCGGUCUUUGACUAUGUUCCUCCAGAACUUAUCACACUCUUCAUUUCAAACAUUGGAGGCAACGCUCCUUCCUACAUCUAUCGUCUAAUGAGUGAACUCUAUCACCCGGCGGAUCGUGAACUUUAAGCUAUGGACACCAUUUAUAUCACGGAGUAGAUGUGUACUUUCCCCUGAAGAAGCAGUGGCAAAAUAAAAUGUCAGACUGCAGAAAAUGGA